AUGAGCAAACUCGCCGCCGCAAAGCCCUGUGCCGGGUGCGGCCACACGGAAUUCACGCGCGACUUCCUGGCCACCGCCGGCGACAUUUUGUGUCUGCAGUGUGGAAUGGUGCAGAUCGAAAACCCCAUUGUGUCGGAGGUGCAGUUUGGCGAGUCCUCCAGCGGCGCCGCCACGGUGCAAGGCGCCAUGGUGGGCGCGGACCAGGCCCGCGUGUACAACAUGCGCAACUCGCUCGAGAGCAGGGAGCAGACGUUGAUGAACGCGCGGCAGAAAAUCAAGCUUCUCGCCGCGGCCAUGCGCAUCCCCGAGUACAUCCACGAGUCGGCGCACGGCUGGUUCAAGUUGGCGCUCGUGCAGAACUUCGUCCAGGGGCGCCGCUCGCAGAACGUGAUCGCCGCGUGCCUCUACGUGGCGUGCCGCCACGAGAAAACGCCGCACUUGCUCAUCGACUUCAGCUCGCGGCUCCAGAUCUCCGUGUACUCGCUUGGCGCCACGUACCUCAAGCUCGUGCGCGCGCUCCAGAUCCAGCGCUUGCCCUUGGCAGACCCCUCGCUCUUCAUCCAGCACUUUGCCGAGCGCUUGGACUUCGCGGAGCACACGGCCAAGGUGUGCCGUGACGCCACCAAGAUCGCCCAGCGCAUGUCGUCCGACUGGAUCUACGAGGGCCGGCGGCCCGCGGGAAUCGCGGGCGCGUGUCUCCUUUUGGCCGCGCGCAUGAACAACUUCCGCCGCUCGCACAGCGAAAUCGUGGCCGUGGCCCGCGUCGGCGAGGAGACCUUGCAGAAACGGCUCAACGAGUUCAAGAACACGUCGUCCGCGCUGCUCUCCGUGCUGGCCUUCAGGGAGUCCGCGCCCACGCACGACUCCCAGCCGCCGUCGUUCCACAAGAACAGAUCCAUCGAGAGCAAGAUCGAGGAGUUGCUUCGCCAGCGCUCGCGCACCUUGCAGAACGGAGUCGGCCUCUGCGGCGGACAGAAGGCCGAGGAACGAGAGGCGCGGAACGACGAGCUCUUGAAGGCCGUUCUCCUGGGCGGUGAUAUCAAGGAGGAGGAUUUGGAGAUCGCUUUGGACCGGAUCUUGCAAGGCCAGAAGAAAACCCUCGACAUCUCCUUGUAUCGGACCCCCGCGCAGAUUCAGAACGAGGAAGACCUCCGCAAGCAAAUCGACUUGAACAGGCCCCGGAACUUGGUGCCAAACAACCCAACCACCAGCCAGAUCCUUGCGAAGGUGCGGGACGAGGAGAUCAUCAACACAGAUGACGAGGAUGAGGAGGUCUUGAACAUCAAGCUCAAUGAUGAAGAAAAGCAGCAGAAGGAGCGGAUAUGGAUCGCGCUCAACCACGACUUCUUGAUCGCGCAGGAGAAGAAGCGCUUGAAAAUCGAAGCGGAUGAGUUGACAGGCAACACCUCCGGCCAGCCACGUAAGCGACGGAAAAUCAAGGACGCCGACUCGCUCUUGGACGAUGCUGCGGUCGCAAACGCUAUUAACCUGAUUGGGGAAGGCGGCCGGACGAUUUCGCCUGCUGAAAACGCCAAGCAAAUGCUACAGAAGAAGUCGUUCUCCAGGAAGAUCAAUUAUAGCAGUAUAGGUGAUUUGUUCAAUGAGUAA